GAUAAGUUCUUUUUUCUAGCCAUCCCUGGCUGUUGACGCUUUUUUUAUUUAAACUUUAAAAGGAAAAUUUUAUAAUCUUAUUUUAACUAUUUAAACGACAAUGAACGCUUCUCUUAGUUCCGAGUCGGAAUUCAUCACCAUUGAUGAUGAUGAUGACGAAAUAAUUGUCUGCAGCGAUGAUGAAUUUGAUCUUUUAAAUGAAAAUGAAUAUGAUAUUGGGGAUACCAGCUUCAUUACUGCCGCCGAGGACAUGUCAGAGAUAUCGGAGGAUUCCAGUCGGAUCGGCGAUGAGGUACAGGGCCUAUACGACUUUAUUUCCCAACAAGAUAAUCGUAAUCAGGAAUCUUCGAUAAACGCGGAGGAUAAUCUGGCUUUUAUACUGCCGCUUCCCGGCUUCGAGAACCUCCGUCCUGGCCCAACUCUUGGCGAACACUUCUCCUACGAUGCCAUGCACAUUGCCACACAGCUCCUCGAGGCGGCAGCUAGGCAGUUGGAGCCCCACUUGGUCGUGGACGAGUCCACAGUACGAUCCAUUGCCCAUGGUCUUAGCAUGGCUAUCGGAAACACAUCCAGCGAUGGAACUGUAGGAGAAGGCCGGAUUGGCGAGGGUCGGCUGGUGGCCAGUAUCCUUAUUAACAGCCAGACCGGCGUGAUUUUGGCCUAUGCGGUUGCUCAGCUAGUGCCGUUUGCUGUCAUCGACAUCGCCACUGGGGUUGUACUGGGCACGAUGCUCCAUCACGUGACCCGGGGCUUUGCUGUCGAUGAAAGAAGUCGCUCUUCUGUGACUAACGCUACAGGACGGCCACUCUUGAAUGCUAACAUGGUACCGGAAGAAUAAUUAUACAUGAUACUUUCUUUAAAAAAUUGCAUGAUGAAUUUUACAAAUUAAUUUCGAGAAAAUGGAAUCGGAUUGAGUUUAAACGUCAAAGAGUAAAGUAAAAACUUUAACUGAUCAUACUAAAUAAUCGAAUUUAUAAUCUUAAUAUUUGAAUAGACAAACGACAAUUUUUUGUUUCAAUUGGA